GCUGAACAGACAGUGGAAGACACAGUUGUAAAGAAGAUAUUAAAGAAACUCUUGAUCGCUUUAGAGAGGUGACUGAUCACCAUGGCUCCGUUUCUGCGGAUUGCCUUUAAUGCAUUUGACCUGGGCACCCUGGCCCCUCUCUCUGAGACCCCUUUCUGUGCCAUCAAGAUGAAAGAGUCCCUAAGCACAGAAAGGGGAAAGACCCUGGUUCAGAGAAAGCCCACCAUGUACCCAGCUUGGAAGUCCACGUUUGACGCUCAUAUAUACGAGGGUCGUGUGCUGCAGGUGGUCUUGAUGAAGACUGCUGAAGAAGCCCUGUCUGAGGCCACCAUGGGCGUGUCUGUCAUUGCCGAACGUUGCAAGAAGGGAAACGGCCGCGCGGAAUUCUGGGUGGACCUGCAGCCUUCUGGGAAGGUCAUGAUGGCCGUGCAGUUCUUUGUGGAGGAUUCUGAUGCAGAAACCAGGUCGAUGCGGGUGCAGGAGGAAGAUGGGGCGAUGACAUUGAACAGACGGAGGGGAGCCAUGAAGCAGGCCAAGGUUCACUUUAUUAAGAACCAUGAGUUCACAGCCACCUUCUUCAAACAGCCCACAUUCUGCUCCGUGUGUCGGGAUUUUGUCUGGGGUCUGAACAAACAAGGCUACAAGUGCCGACAAUGCAAUGCAGCCAUUCACAAGAAGUGCAUUGACAAAAUCAUCGGGAGAUGCACAGGAACAGCUGCCAACAGCCGGGACACAGUGUUCCAGAAAGAACGGUUCAAGAUUGACAUGCCGCAUCGUUUCAAGACGCAUAAUUAUAUGAGCCCCACCUUCUGUGACCACUGUGGAAGCCUGCUUUGGGGAAUGGUCAGACAAGGCCUGAAAUGUGAAGAGUGUGGAAUGAAUGUACAUCACAAGUGCCAGACCAAAGUCGCCAACCUCUGCGGGAUUAACCAGAAGUUACUGGCCGAGGCACUAACUCAAGUUAGCAUGAAGUCCUCCACCAAGCGACCUGAUCCUGCUUUGUCAGACAUUGGCAUCUACCAGGAUGUAGCCAGAGGCUCACCAUCGGACCCUAGUGCAAAUCAGUAUGGUAAGCUCUGGGAUAGCACACCAGCACAACCAGCCGCCACCAUCACCCACCAGACACGCCUGACCAUUGACAGCUUUGUGUUUCACAAGGUGCUGGGCAAAGGCAGCUUCGGCAAGGUUUUGCUGGCGGAGCUGAAGGGACGCGGAGAAUACUUUGCAAUCAAAGCCCUGAAGAAAGACGUGGUGCUCAUGGACGACGAUGUGGAGUGCACCAUGGUGGAAAAGAGGGUGCUAGCACUGGCCUGGGACAACCCUUUUCUCACACACCUGUACUCUACCUUCCAGACCAAAGAACACCUGUUCUUUGUGAUGGAGUACCUAAACGGAGGAGACUUGAUGUUCCACAUCCAGGAUAAAGGGCGAUUUGACUUAUACAGAGCGACGUUCUACUCUGCUGAGAUCAUUUGUGGGUUACAGUUCCUCCACUCGAAAGGAAUUAUUUACAGAGACCUUAAGCUGGAUAACGUGAUGCUGGACAGAGAUGGACACAUCAAAAUUGCAGACUUUGGCAUGUGCAAGGAGAACAUAUUUGGAGAGAACCGUGCCACCACGUUCUGUGGUACGCCAGAUUACAUUGCGCCAGAGAUCCUGUUGGGACAGAAGUACAGUUUCUCAGUGGACUGGUGGUCAUUUGGAGUGCUGUUGUACGAGAUGCUGAUUGGCCAGUCGCCCUUCCAAGGAGAUGAUGAAGACGAGCUGUUUGAGUCUAUCCGCAUGGAUGUGCCUCACUACCCCCGCUGGAUCACAAAGGAGUCCAAAGACCUACUGGAGAAGCUGUUUGAGCGAGAUCCGACUCGUCGACUUGGUGUUGUAGGAAACAUCCGUAUACAUUCCUUCUUUAAGACCAUCAACUGGCCUGCACUGGAGAGAAGAGAGGUGACCCCUCCCUUCAAGCCCAAAGUGAAAUCCCCCAAUGACUGCAGCAACUUUGACCGAGAGUUCCUGAGCGAGAAGCCCCGCCUUUCCCAAGGUGAUAAGAACCUCAUUGACUCCAUGGACCAAACAGCUUUUGCUGGUUUCUCUUUUAUCAACCCCAAAAUGGAGCAAAUAUUGGAGAAAUGAGAGACUAGACUGGACUCUGACUAUACCUCCAUCCCAAACCAUUCCAGUAGGAAUGAGUAGAGACAAAGCAAGAAACAGAAGAGGAGCUUCAAUCCAGUGUUAUAGAUGUACUACUCCGGAGGGUUCAUUCUUUCAUGCUGUAUUUUUACCUUUCCCACGAUCAAAAUCUGAAUAAGUGAAAGAUUCUAUGUACUGUAUUUGUUAUUGUUAUUAUUAUUAUUGUUAUUGUAAUUCCCUGCACUAUGAAAUAUGUGUAUGGAGACACACACACACAAACACACACUUCACCUCCACACUCAGUAGAUAUGGGCAAAGGGACUGUCUUUUGAUUCUGUCUUAUGGUCUUGCUGUUUGGAGAAACAGUGUACAUACAGGCUUUUGUUGUAGAGCUGCAGUAGGUCACUGACCCCCCACCCCCCAACUGAUUGGCUGAGCUGACUCUUAACUGUAUUUCCUGGCCUGAGUAGCCGAAUGAAAGGUUAACCCGAAACCUGCAUACUCAAACACCCUUCCAGAAUAACUUUUGACAAACCUGGUCUAUGGGGAUGGAAAAGGGCCUUAAAAACACUCACUUAGGUUGUUCUGUAAGGAUGACUCCCAAACUCUUGGAGAUAUCCAAAUAUGAAAUAUGUUGUCUGUCAUUUUGAAACUGAGGAUAAUACAGUGUUGAUUAAAUAGACAGAAUCUAUCUGUAGAGUUCAAACUAGGAUCCUGGUUCAGAUUUUAUACGUGCAUAUGCAUGUAUCAAGUCAUGUUGGAACCAUUGUACCAUGUUGACUCAUUGGAGUAUGUCUGCACAAACGGUCAUCCAAGCACAUAUCCCUGAGUGCUAACUUAGGUCACAUGUCUCAUUUAAGGAUGGAAUUAUUGUAAUGGUACUACUAUACAGGCUGAGGUGUUGGUGAGAUGGGGUCCUAUAUUUGGUGAAUGAAUGAAUGAAUAUAACUGUAUGUGAUGUUACUUGAAUGUAUUUUAACAAGUAAGAUGUAUAUAAAAAAUAUAUGUAUAUUGUUCUGUGCUAUAUUAUUGGGAUGCUAAGGAUGAUCUCUUUUUUUACUGUCUUUAUAUACUUCGCAUCUGAAUACAAAUAAAAUCAUCUUUAACUCUCUGAAAA